AUGUAUCCUCAACCUGGUGCCCCGAUGGCACCUCCUCAGAAACCAGAGACAUUCAUGCUCUCGAGCGAGGCGCAGCAGAGCCUUCCCCAAGAUGCGCAAGUCGCCCUGCAACAAGUUGAUAACUUGAAAUAUUUCCUCUUGUCGGCCCCUGUGGACUGGCAGCCUGAUCAACUGAUCCGACGAUUCUUGCUUCCGACCGGCGACUAUAUCUCCUGUGUCCUCUGGAGCAACCUUUUCCAUGUGUCGGGUACCGACAUUGUUCGAUGCCUGGCCUUUCGAUUCCAGGCCUUUGGACGUCCGGUCAAGAAUUCGAAGAAGUUUGAGGAGGGAAUCUUCUCCGACCUCCGAAAUCUCAAAGCCGGCACCGAUGCCACCCUGGAGGAGCCCAAGAGCCCAUUCCUCGACUUCCUGUACAAGAACAACUGCAUCCGCACGCAGAAAAAACAAAAGGUCUUCUACUGGUACAGCGUGCCACACGACCGCCUGUUUCUCGAUGCGUUGGAGCGUGAUCUGAAGCGGGAGAAGAUGGCUCAGGAGGCCACCACGGUGGCGGUCAGCGAGCCGGCCCUGUCCUUCGAAUACGAUUCAUCCCAGUCGUUGUACGAGCAACUUACAAAGGCACAACAAGCGAGUUCUUCGUCGUUUGCCACACACGCAAGUACGACAUAUGGCCAACCCGCAUCCCCAGUGGUUCGGAGCGUUGACGCAAUGCCUCCCCCCCAGAUGGCUCCCCACAUGGCUCCGCCGACGCUGCCCCUCCUCCCGGACGAGUCUGGGCACCCGGCCAUGUAUAGUGCGAUUCCCAUGUCCAGUGCCAUGGCUCCGGGCCUUGUGAAGCGCGAACCCGAGUACACCACCAUCCAGUUCGACCGCAAUGGCAUGCCCAUGGCUCGGAUCCACCAGCGCCAUGCGUCCAUGCCCACCUUUGUCGAAUACUCGCCAGCCCCGUCCUUUGUUUCCUCCCACUAUGAAGACUACAGCAACCGAGGGUUGUCCUUUGAGCCAGUCACACCACCCCAGCACAGCUCGCACAUGGGCGCCGAGCCCGCCUAUAUCGCCAACGAGGAUACCGGUCUCUACACGGCCAUCCCCGAGCUCUCGUCAGCCCACGCUAUGAACCCGAUGAUGCAGCUACCGCCGUCCAAUCUCGCCAGCGCCCACUUCCCGGCCCCACCGAGGUCGUUCCACUCGAACGUCUACUCGAUGAUCGAGGGGUCCCCGACAUACAAGCAGCGCAGACGGCGCUCGUCCAUCCCGCCGGGCGCUGCCAAUGCCGUGGCUGCCGCGCAGUCGCAAGUGACGAACACACCGCCGCCGCCCGUCAGCUAUGCCGCGCACCGGCCCAGCGACCUGCGACGCUCAGUUUCCAGCUCGGUGGCCCCCGUGGCAGAAGUCGAGGAGUCGCACCCGGCUUCUUCGCAUCGGACCGUGAAUGGAUAUCCGUCGGCCAUGCUUCCUCAGAAGAACUUGCUCCAGGAGAUGUCCCGGAAUGGGACCCCGCUGUCGGGGUUGGAGGAGAACCCGGAGAAUGGCCUGACGAUCGCAAACCCCGCCGAUGAGCUAGCGGCGCUCCCCAACAACGAGACCCUGGAGAACGCCGUUCAACAUAGUGCGACACACAAGGGGGAUCGGUUCGCCCCUGGUCCAGUCCGCCGCGCGCGCAGCGCGACCAUGAUGGAACUGGGGCCUUACCCUCAGAAGUCCCACUCGUGUCCGAUCCCCUCCUGCGGGCGACUCUUCAAGAGACUAGAGCAUCUGAAACGACAUGUGAGGACCCACACGCAGGAACGGCCCUACCCUUGUCCAUACUGCAACAAGGCCUUUUCUCGUUCCGACAACCUUGCACAACACCGUCGGAUCCAUGAGGCCCAGCAGGACGGGCAUCCGCCACUCCAACCUCACGAGGAAGAUCUGGAAAACGAGGACAACGAAUCUGGUUCGGCAGAUGAAGACUCUUCGCCAAUGGAGUCGGGGCCGCACUCGAUGCUCCAUGUCUCCAGCAUGGCGUCGAUGGCGCCCGCCAUGACCUUACCAACCGCCAUGCCCUCGAUGAUGGGGUCGCACUUGAUUGCUCCGCAACUUCUGCAGCAGCACAUCUAA